AUGGCCACACCAACGCACUGCGUCAUGAACGGCGGAACCAUGCAGAAUGGUACGGCCGCGGUGGUGGACACGGCGCCGCCCCAGAGAAACUUCCUCGACGGUGAGGAAUUUCGGCGCCAGGGUCACCAGGUUAUCGAGUUCAUUGCCGAGUACUAUGGACGCAUAGGCGACUACCCCGUUAACCCCAGGGUUACCCCUGGGUUCCUGCGCAACCGGCUCCCGGCUGACCCGCCGUCGCGCCCGGAGCCGGACGCCUUCAGCUCGGCGCUGGAGGACAUCCGCGACGUCAUCCUCCCCGGCAUGACGCACUGGCAGAGCCCUCGCCACCUUGCGCACUUCCCGGCGUCAAGCAGCACCGUGGGCGCCCUCGGGGAGGCGCUCGCUGCAGGCAUCAACGUCGUCCCGUUCACGUGGGCCGCCUCGCCGGCCGCCACCGAGCUGGAGAUGGUGGUGGUGGACUGGCUGGGGAAAGCGCUGCACCUGCCGGAGAGCCUCCUGUUCGCCGGUGGCGGCGGGGGUACGCUGCUGGGCACCUCGUGCGAGGCCAUACUGUGUGCUGUGGCGGCGGCGAGGGACCAGAAGCUGGCGGAGGUGGGCGGGAAGAGAAUCGGCGACCUGGUGGUGUACUGCUCCGACCAGACCCACUUCGCGUUCCGCAAGGCCGCACGCAUCGCCGGGAUCCAGCGUGAGCACUGCCGCGAGAUAGCAACAUGCCACGACGACAUGUUCGCGAUGUCGCCCACGGAGCUGCAAGCCUGUAUCCAGGCGGACGUCGACGCCGGGCUGGUGCCGCUGUUCCUGUGCGCGACGGUGGGGACGACCCAGACGACCGCCGUGGAUCCCAUCGGAAAGCUGUGCGCCGUGGCGUCGAAGCACGGCGUGUGGGUGCACGUGGACGCGGCCUACGCUGGGUCGGCGCUGGUGUGCCCGGAGUUUGGCGACGUGAUGGAGGGCGUGGAACUGGUGGAUUCGUUCAGCAUGAACGCUCACAAGUGGCUCCUGGCCAACAACGACUGCUGCGCGAUGUGGGUGAAGGAGCCGCGCGCGCUGGUGGCGGCGCUGGGGACGGAGCAGGAGUACAUCCUCCGGGACGCGGCGUCGGAGGGGCACGAGGUGGUGGACUACAAGGACUGGACCAUGACGCUCACCCGCCGAUUCCGGGCGCUCAAGCUGUGGCUCGUGCUGCGCUGCUACGGGACGGACGGCCUGCGCGAGCACAUCCGCUCGCACGUCCGCAUGGCUGAGGGGCUGGAAACCAUGGUGAGAGCUGACGCGAGGUUCGAGGUGGUGACAACCAGGAGGUUCGCGCUGGUGUGCUUCCGCCUUCGGCCGCUUCAGAGCAUAGGCGGCGAGAAGACGGCCAAUGACAUCAACCGUGCCCUGCUAGAGCAGGUGAACGCGGUAAGCUUGGGCCCCUACGUCAGCUCCGCCAAAGUUGGUGGCAUGUACUUGCUCAGGUGCGCCGUGGGAAGUACACUGACGGAGGAGCGGCACGUCAAGGAUGCGUGGAGGGUCGUCCAGGAUCAGGCAUCAGCAAUCCUUGCUAAAAUGGAAAGGUUAUACAAGGAUCUACUCCAACUUCCUUAUCCCUCCUAUUAA